UCAGUCCAAGCGGUUUACGAAUCAGUUUAGGCGCGAUUUUCAUUUGGGUAGUUCGAGCUCGUUCGCGGGACCUUCUAAGUUUUUCUUUCUUUACAUAUGUAUAAAGCAAAUGCAAUGCACUUUUAACGACUGGAAAUUUUUUUAAGUACUUACUUCAAAUAUAAUUUUUAAAUACAAUUUUACGGUAAAAAGUAACUAAAUUUUAUAUCAAGCCUUGAAUAUUUCAAAAUGGUGCAAAUAAAUGCUGGCAGUGGUGACCUCAUUCACACAGUGACGUUGGACAAAACUGGGAAAAAGUCAUUUGGAAUUUGCAUAGUUAGAGGAGAGGUAAAAGACUCCCCGAAUUCGAAAACAUCAGGAAUUUUUAUAAAAGGUAUAGUUCCAGACAGUCCAGCACAUCUGUGUGGAAAAUUAAAGGUGGGCGAUCGUAUAUUAUCCCUAAAUAAUAAGGACGUUCGAAAUGCUACAGAGCAAGCUGUCAUCGAACAUAUCAAAGAUGCUGGCAUCAAAAUAAAUCUGGAAAUUCAAACUUAUGGAAAGGAUGAGAAGAAAUCGAAUGAGCGUGAUCAACGUGAGAAUGGAUACGUUCAAGCUAAGUCUAAAUUCGCUCCAGAACCUCCUACCUCGACGAAUAAGCCGAAUAUGGCUCCGAAAGAAGCGCCCAGGAAUGCGGCGUUUUCUGCCUCCAUCCGUGCCAAACCUUCAGCGAUUUAUACAGCCAACGACGAAGAUGAAGAGGAUACACGGGAUAUGACUGGCCGAAUCCGUACAGAAGCUGGCUACGAGAUCGAUCGGGCAUCUGCUGGUAAUUGUAAGCUCAACAAACAGGAGAAGGAACGAGACAAGGAACAACCCGAUGAGUUCGGAUACACGAUGGCGAAAAUUAAAAAACGUUACAAUUUGAUGAAGGACCUGCACAAGAUUGAAGUGCAGCGUGCGCCGAAUCAGUCACUAGGCUUAGCUUUGGCCGGUCAUACAGAUAGAAGAAAAAUGGCUUGCUUCGUCGCUGGCAUCAAAUCCAAUGGUCCACUAGCCUCAUUGGAUAUAAAAGCAGGGGACGAGAUACUCGAGGUGAACGGCAAUGUUCUACAGAAUCGUUGUCAUUUAAAUGCAUCCGUGAUAUUCAAAAAUAUCGACUGCGAAAAAAUUAUACUCAUUACAUCCCGCCGGAAAGAAAAUGACGAAGGAAUUUCCGUAAAGCCCAUCAAGAAGUUCCCUAAAGAAGUUGAUGAUACAAAAUUCUUAUUCGAGCUGUAUCCCAACGCCCGCUCAGUACAAGUUAAAAAAGAGGGUUUCCUUGGUAUUAUGGUAAUUUACGGAAAACACGUCGAAGUGGGCAAUGGUAUAUUCGUAUCCGAUUUGCGUGAAGAAUCCAAUGCUGUAGCGGCUGGAGUAAAAGUUGGUGAUAUGUUACUAGCCGUCAACAAAGAUGUUACUAUUGAAUCGAAUUAUGAUGAGGCUGUUGCUCUGAUAAGACGCGCCGAGGGAAUAGUCACUCUCGUAUUGUUAACUCUUAAAUCUGAGGAAGCUCUAAAGGCAGAAAAGGAGGCGGCAGAGAAGAAAAAAGAAGAAGCGAAAGCUGAAGCUGAAAAGCCGCAGGAUCCAUCCGUUGCAGAAAUAAAAGUCAACAAGAAGAUCAUCAUCGAGGUGAAAGUAGAAAAGAAGCCACUUGGAGUAAUCGUUGUAGGAGGCAAAAAUAACCACGUUAAGACUGGCUGCGUCAUAACUCAUAUCUACCCCGAAGGGGCACUCGUUGCGGAUAAACGCCUUCAAAUUUUCGAUCACAUAGUGGAGGUCAACAGCCGACCAAUAAAUUGCAGCGAAAUGACAACACUAAAA